AUGGCUCCGCUCACCCGCGCCACCGCGCUGCCUGCACAGCGACCCGCCGCAUCACAUACGGACAAUUCCGCCGCCAACCUCGAGGCGGAGCCCAGCGCCAUGCGCACUGUCCCCCGAUUCCUUCGGCUCGCAGCCCCGGGCACAGAAGCAGGAGGGGGAGCGGCAAGCGGAGCAACCGCGCGAGGAGGCAAUCAGGGGAGCAUCCCCCGCCAGCAGCGCGCGCCCGCUGCUCUCCGCCAAUCUGGGGGCGCAUGGCGCGGCUUCCAGGGGAACCAAGGCGCGGGCAAGGGCGGCGGAUGUGGAUACGGGGCAGAGAAUGCGCGGGGUCGUGGGGGAGCCGGCAAGGAAGGGAGGCGGACAGCCCUGGACCCGGCGUUAAGGCGAGGCCAGUUCACGGUGGAGGAGGAUGCGCGCAUCAUCACAGCACAUGUCCCUCCCUCCUUCUCCCUCCCUCCUUCUCCCUCCUUCCUUCUCCCUCCUUCCUUCCCUCCCUCCUCCCUCCCUCCUUCCCUCCCUCCUCCUUCUCCCUCCUCCUUCUCCCUCCCUCCUUCUCCCUCCCUCCUUCUCCCUCCCAUGUCCCCCCCUUGGCAGGUGGUGCAACCAGCUGACCCGGCAUUGAGGAGGGGCCAGUUCACAGUGGAGGAGGAUGCGCGCAUCAUCACAGCACAUGCCAUCCACGGCAACAAGUGGGCCCUCAUCGCCAAGAACCUUCCCGGACGGUGCCAGCAGGGCGAGGGGGAGAGCGCGUACGAGCGCGCAGUGCGGUUUGUGGGGGGCGUGCAGGCGAGAGGCGUGGCGGCGCUGGUGGAGGAGGUGGAGCGCGUGCGAGAGGAGGAGGGCGUGGGGCGCAUCCGCAAGAUCCUGGAAGGUUCGCCCCUGGGGGAUGCGGCGCUGCUGCAGGCUGUGGAGAGGGAGUGGCGCGAGAGAGAGGCGCGCGGGCGAGGGGUGGAGUGCAUGGGUGGAGGCGAAGGGGAGGACGUGGGAGGGGAAGGAGAGGACGGGGGGGUGAGGGAUGGGCAAGUUGAUGAGGAGGAGGGGAGGCCGAUUGAAGGGGAUGUGCGGGUAAGCGAGGGAGACGAGAGGGCGGAAGGAAUAGGCGAGGGAGAGGAGAAUGAGGAUUGGGGGGAUGGGGAACAGAUGGCGCAGGGAGCAGGGAAGGUGGAGGAGGAGAGGGAGGGGACGGAAAGGGGCAGGGCGGAGGAGAGAGUUGAGGGGCGAGUGGUGGCAAGAGGAGAAGCGGCGAUGGGAGAGGCGGGAACGAGAGUGGGGCUGGGCGUGGAGCAGACAAGAACCAGUGCAGGCGAGGGUGGCCGUAGGGAGGCAAGGGGGCGGUUGCCUGCUGGUGGGGCUGGGUGGACGGGCGGGCGAGAGGGGGCACAGGGAGUGGGGACUGGUGAGGGCGAGCGGUGUUGUCGUGGGCGCCAUGAAAGGGAGGCAGUGCAGCAGCAGGACAUGUGCCACCCAGUGCCACCCACACCAGUGCCACCCCGCAUGCCAGCCACACCAGUGCCAGCAUCAGCCAUGGCGACGAGCGGGGGUGGUGCCGUGCAGGGCGUUGGUGGAGGGGGUGGGAGCAUGAGGGGAGUGGGUAUGGGGGCGUUUCAGCUGGGGAAGGCGUUUACUGCAGUGCAGGUGACAGGGGGCGAUGAGAGGAUCCGCAGGCACAGGGGAUGUGAGGGCGAGGAGGGGCGUGGGGGUGAUGAGGGGUGUGAGAUGGCCGUGAGAGUAGGGGAGAGGCGAGGACAAGAGCGGGAAAAGGAAGGGGGUUGCGGAGGGGAUGGAAUGGAGGUGACGGGGGUCAUGGAGGAGGAAAGCAGAGAGCAGCAGGGGAUGGAAAUCUGUGGGUCAGAGCAAGAGAAUGCCCUGUGCUCACACGGAGGACAUAAGACCUACUCACAGCCCUUGCAGCACACGCUGCACCCAGACACAUGCCUUGCUGCAGUCCCAGAGCCAAUGCAAGACUGCCACGUGGCAGGGCAGGGGCGAUGUGGGGGUCGUGUGCGGCGGCACGUGCAUCGAGUAGCGGCGUCGGCAUGUGGGGUGGCCCAUCUGCUGCUGGAGGAGCUGCAGCGGCGGCACGGAGUGGAAACACGGGCAGAUAAGGAAGCGGUGGAGGAGCGGCGAGGGGAGUCAGGGAACGUGAACGGGGAGUUUGGUGAGAGGUCACAGGCGGGAGAGCUGGUGGGGGAUGCAGGAUGUUGCAGGGGUGAGCGGUGCUGCUCGGUGAGCAGUGGUGGUGAGGGUGCAGCAGAGGGCAUGGCGUGCCGGCAUCUGCUAGAUGCCAUGCUGACUUCAGCUCCCGUUAAUUUUGUGCUCUCCCGUCUCUCCUUGCGCGGCCGCGCAAGAUGCCUUCGUAGCUGGGCCCUAGACCGCGCAAUUGUCGCCGCAAUCGCCGCCGCGAGUCCCCCUGCUGGGUGCGCCGCGUCAUGGCGAGGGGCGAGGCGCGGAGAGGUCCCGCCCGGGCCUCGGGGAAACGACCGCACGCCGCCUCGUCGCGAGCAGCAUCGUCGCAUAGCACGUCGCACGGCGCGUCGUCAGCGUCGCCACGAUCGCCGUCACCACAAUGGCACAGUAGGGGCCCCGCAAACGGCUUCCCCCCAUGGGCGCGGCGUGAGAGCGCGGGAGCGCGUUCGCGGAGCGAGCGGGCCGAUACUGCGCGGUCGCGUGGCGCGUGGCGGGGGCGGCAGCGCGGUUGGCGGCGGCGGCGGGCUUGUGGGCGGCGGUUGCGGCGGCGGCGUUCGUGAUCCGCGGGUGCGCGUCGCUGGUGCCGCCGUCGCUGGGGUCGGCGGUGCUGCCGCUGGUGGGCGCGCUGGUGGGCAUGGGUCGCACCCUCGGCUGGCUCGUGCUCCUGCCCUCCCUCGUACGCUCCCCCCCCGCCCGCCCCCUCGCCCGCCCCCUCGCCCGCCCCCUCGCCCGCCCCCUCUCCCACCCCCUUCCAUCCACCCCAUGCCUCACACAUCCCCUCCUUGUGCGUGCAACCCCCCUGCCACUCUAAUCGCGGCCAUCCCCACGCUCGCCUCCCCUUGCUCCCCUUCUCGUGCUCACCUGCUCCUCCAACUCCCCAACGCCAACCCCUCCCACCUGUGCUCUCUUCCCCCUGUUCUCCCGCGUGCUCCCGCACCCACCCCCCUGCAUCCACCAGGGAUAGUGGCAGCGAGCGGGUCUCCUCGAGCAGCACUGCUGCUGCUGGUGGCAUCGACGGUGUACCAUGUGGUGGUGCGCGCGGGGCUCACCACGCUGUGCCUCACGCUGCUCGCCUCCUUCCUCGCCGCCGACCUUGCUGCUCCUCCUCGCCUCCUCCCUCCACGACGACCCCGCCCAACCCGACUCAACCCCUCCGAACCAGUCCCAAGCAAGCGCGGCUGGGGGGGAGAAGUCAGGAGGGGUGGGGGGGCGGCAGGGGAGGGGGAAGCGGGGUUGGCAGGGGGAGAGGGGGGCAGGGGAGAGGCGAGUGGGGGCGGGGAGAUAGAGCGCAUAGUGCGGUGCGGCAACCACUACGGGCUUCGCCUGGCGCCCUUCUGUGCGGCUGUGGAUGAGGGCGCCCUCAAGAAGGAAUACCGCCGCAUGGCAAUGCUAGUGCAUCCGGACAAGCAUGGGGAGGACGAGAAGAAUGCCAUAGUGGCGUUUCAACGCCUGCAGAGCGCAUACGAGGUGCUAUCAGACGAGGGGAGGCGGCGAGAGUACGAGGGCGAGCUGAGGCGCGAGCAGCUCGUGGAGCUCAUCACACGCAGGGCUGCACACAUGUGGCAGGUCCGUGCUGACGUGGCAGGUCCGUGCUCACGUGGCUGGCAGGUCCGUGCUGACGUGGCAGACGAGCAGCACAACAACUGGCAGGGCGGCAGCAGGGGCAUGGGCGGGCAGGAGGAAAAGGUGGAGGGGGAUGGGGCAGGCAGGGGGGCAGCAGGGGGCGAGGAGGAGGAGGGGGGGCGGCCAGUGGCUUGCACUGAGUGUGGGAUGGCGCAUGUGUGGCGCCCCGUCUCCCGCCCCUGCAGCCAAGCCCGCUGGUGCCAGGUGGGGUGCGAUGGGGUGCAUGGGGUACACUGGGUGGAGUGGGAUGCAGUGGCAGGUGGGGGCGAGUGUCAGAGGCACCACCCAUGCAAGGAGGGGGAUGGCUGGGUGGAGCAACUUCCCCAGCCUGCCUUGUUUGGCAUGCUAUCUGUUGUGAGUGCACAUGCUGCCACACACUCUGCACUCACCAGCCGGCACAGCACUGCCACUGUCACAGCACUGCCACUGUCACAGCACUGCCACUCUCACAGCACUGCCACUCUCACAGCACUGCCACUCUCACAGCACUGCCACUCUCACAGCACUGCCACUCUCACAGCACUGCCACUCUCACAGCACUGCCACUCUCACAGCACUGCCACUCUCACAGCACUGCCACUCUCACAGCACUGCCACUCUCACAGCACUGCCACUCUCACAGCACUGCCACUCUUACGCCAUGCUUCUUCACUCACCUCCCCCCCUGUCACAAUGUCGCCAUCGCUUCCCCUGCCCCAUACCCCCCUUCCGUGCGAGCAGAAGGGCCCACAGCACUUCUACACGUGUACGGACGGGCAGGUCUACCACAUCACUGACUGGGCGCGCUGCCAGGUGGGUUGCGGUGCUGCCAGGUGGGUUGCGGUGCUGCCAGGUGGGUUGCGGUGCUGCCAGGUGGGUUGCUCUGCCAGCCCCCUCAGCCUCUCAGCAGCCAAUGGUUUGGGAGUGAGUGAUGUGUUUAUCAAACAUAUAUGUGAUUCUCCUGUGUGCCCCGUGCGCCCUUGCUGCUGGCAGGGCAUGCAGUGCCCGCCCAACACGCACAAGCCCUCCUUCCACUUCAAGCUCUCCACUCACCCACCCUCGCCGCCUGCAUCCUCCGCCUCGCCCAGGAGCCAGCGCCAGAGGGGCAGAGGGGGCAGGGGCAGCGCCCGGGGCAGGGAAGAGCGCGAGGAGGGGGUGGGCAGCAGGCAUGGCAGGGGGCAGCAGCGGCGGCGGAGUGCGUGUGGAGCUUAG